CGCCCUUCUCGAGGUCAGCUUAUUCAAGGGACACAAAGAAUAUACCACUGUAGUUGCUCACAUGACAACGCGUCAAAAACCACUUUACGCGCUUCCAUGGUCGACGUCAUUGAUUGGUUGACAGAUUUGUACCUAUUCCGGUGGCCAAAGAAAGUCGACAGACUCCGAGUUCACUCUACGAUCCGCAUCUUCUGGGAAGCCCUGCAUCAGGCGUAGUGUGUUUAAUGUGCCUUUCCUCACAUCGCAUGCCUGAUGGUCAGGCUCCAAGGCGCGACCGUCUCGCGUCAACCAGUCAACCGUAAACGAAAGCGCCAGACCAAAGACAAUGGCGACUCCGAGACAACGACGACGACGCCCGAACCUAGCGCUGCCGAAGCAACAACAGUGACAACAACUACAUCGGUUCCUACCAAGACACAUGAUGGAGGCGUCAAACCCAGAAGGGCAAAGUCCACUGCGAAACCAGCACUGCUUCGGCGGAGUUCAUCCACGAACCUCGUUGAGUCCGACAUCCCUUGGCCAGAUCAUUUCAAAUACCUCUUGCAACUACACAAGGCUCUCAAUGUCGUAUACACAUUCUGCUGCACCCGGAAGCAUUUCGCGACGACAUGGGAUAACAUCAAGUCCACGGUAGAAGGACAUAUCAAAAGGCCACUCGUUGAGGAAGAUGUGGCGCAGGUAAAGGCCUUGGUGCCUCGGGCUAUCAAUUUUGCCUAUGUCGACGAGGAGCAUUUGAUGGUCACGAUAAUGGGUGAAGAUGACGGCAUCAAAGGAGGCAGAGCGGACCAUUUCAGGUCACUAGCAGAAGAUGAGAGUGCUCGCAAUGACAACUCCGGGACGCCCAAGGAGCUGCUGCUUUUCGAAUUCAUUGACGGCGAUUUGAAGAGACAGGUGGUUGAUCCAAAGACAGGCGAACCCACUAAAGCCACUCAAAAGCUGCGCAAGGAGGAUCUCAAGAUGCCGGUGUUCAGUCAAAAGUCAAUGUUGAAGCUGAUCGAGAAGCGCAAUGUCAAGUUUACUUCGGCGAUAAAUGCUUUUCUCAACGAGUGCGCUCAAGAGGGUAAAGAUCCAGUUGAAAGGAUCCUAGAUCUCAAGCAGCAGUACAUUCCCGUUCCAUCAUCGAGUCGUUCCACCACACCUGCACCCGAAUCCAUCGGACUGCCCAAGUCUAUUCCCAAAGAACGCAACGCGAUUUCCGAGAUCGUCAAAGAGAUCACCUCGUUGGAAUGGUAUACCGGUCAGAUUGUUCCUGAUGGUCAUCGGGUAUUCGAUCCGCAACCGGCCAUAUAUGGUGACCUCAGCUUUCCACUCUCGCAAAACUUGGUGAAUGCUCUCUACAACAGCAGAGGAAUCACCCAACUUUAUUCUCAUCAAGCCGAAGCCAUCAACAACUUACAUGACGGGCAUAACGUGAUUGUUUCCACAUCGACAAGCUCCGGAAAGUCUUUGAUCUACCAAAUCCCAAUGUUACACGAACUGGAAAAAGACCCUGAAAGUCGCGGCAUGUACAUUUUCCCCACGAAAGCACUCGCGCAGGAUCAAAGACGAAGCAUGAAGGAACUACUGCAGUACAUUCCUGGAUUCGAGAAUAUCCUGGUGGAAACUUUUGAUGGCGACACGCCGAUGAAGGAGAGAAACAUGAUCCGGGACGAGGGUCGGAUCAUCUUCACGAAUCCAGACAUGCUCCACAUUACUAUCCUUCCGCAAGAAAGUGGAUGGAGAACAUUCCUUCGCAAUCUGAAAUAUGUGGUUGUCGAUGAGCUGCACGUCUACAACGGCCUCUUUGGAGCACACGUGGCCUUCAUCAUGCGCCGCCUACGACGUAUAUGUGCGGCUUUGGGCAAUCGCAAGGUCAAAUUCAUAUCGUGUUCCGCAACGGUCGCCAACCCUGAAGAGCACAUGAAGACCAUCUUUGGCGUCGACAAUGUCAAACUGACCGACUUCGACGGCUCACCGUCCGGACGAAAGGAGUUCAUUUGUUGGAACACGCCAUACAAGGAUCCUGGAGAUCCCUCAUCGGGUCGUGCCGACACAUUUGCCGAGACUGCAAGGUUGAUUUGUCAACUCAUUCUGCGAGGUGUUCGCACUAUAGCUUUCUGCCGCGUGCGUAAGCAGUGCGAAGUGCUCUUGGCGGCCGUCAAAGCCGAGUUCACGAACCUUGAGCGACCCGAAUGCGCGGCACUGGUGAUGGGGUACCGUGGCGGGUACUCCGCCCAGGAUCGACGACGGAUCGAAGCCGAGAUGUUUGGCGGCAAGUUGAUGGGCAUCGUGGCCACGACGGCCCUGGAGCUAGGGGUGGAUAUCGGGUCUCUCGACGCCGUCAUCACAAUGGGGUUUCCGUACACGAUUGCCAACCUGAGACAGCAGAGCGGUCGUGCUGGACGCAGGAACCGAGACUCGUUGUCUGUGCUUGUUGGCGACAGCUUCGCGGUGGAUCAGUAUUACAUGCAAAACCCAGAUGAGAUCUUUACCAAGCCCAACUGCGAGCUCCAGGUGGACCUGCAAAACGAGCUGGUGGUGGAAGGACACGUGCAAUGCGCAGCAUUCGAGCUACCCAUUCAACCGGAUGAAGAUGCCAAAUUUUUGGGUAAAAUGUUGCGCGAUAUCUGCGAGGAGAGACUGUCCAAGGACGCAAUGGGGUUCUACCACUGCAAUGAAAGAUUCCGCCCACUCCCAUCUCGAUGCGUAGCCAUCCGCGACACGGAAGAAGACCAUUUCGCCGUAAUCGACAUCACCCACGGGCGCAACGUGGUGCUCGAAGAAGUCGAGGCAUCAAGAGCGUUUUUUACAUUAUACGAUGGCGGCAUCUUCUUGCACCAAGGCAAGACGUUCAUGGUGAAAGAGUUUUCGCCCGAACGCAAAAUGGCGCGCGUGCAACUCGUCAAGGUCGACUGGACCACGCAACAACGCGACUUUACCGACGUGGACCCGAUCGAAACAGAACAAGUGCGUCGGGUAUCCGCGAACUCGUUGACCAAGGCGUUUUUCGGCCGCAUCAAAGUCCACGCCGUGGUGUUUGGCUUUUUCAAGGUCGACCAGAAGCGAAGAAUUCUUGACGCCGUCGCCGUCGACAACCCGCCCAUCGACAUCUUUUCGCGCGGCCUGUGGCUCGACAUCCCGAAAUCGGCGCUCGAGAUCUUUCAACUGAAGAGGCUCAAUCUCGCCGCGGGCAUCCACGCCGCCGAACACGCCCUCAUGAGCCUGAUGCCGCAGUUUGUCGUCAGCAUGCCCGGCGACGUCCGGACCGAGUGCAAAAACGCCCUCAAGGAAUUCGCCAAGCGAGAGACCCAGCGCAAACGGCCUGCCCGCCUGACCUUUUACGAUGCCAAGGGCGGCGCGGCAGGAUCGGGCAUCGCGGCCAAAGCGUUUGAGUUUAUCGAUAUCCUGCUCGAACGGGCUGUCCAGCGCGUCGCCGCCUGCCAUUGUCUUGAGGGUUGCACCGAAUGUAUCUGUGACGAACGGUGUAAGGAGAGGAACAUGAUUAUGAGCAAGGCUGGCGCCGAGGUCAUUCUCAAGAGUUUGUUGGGAAUGGACAUUGACAUCGAUGCCUUGCCCGAGGGCGAGGAGGAGAGGGUUCCUGCUGGCGUGGAGACGGUCAUUUUCGCUUCCGAAGUCUUGGGCAAGAAUGGCCGAAGAGUCCCUGAGAAGGAGUUUCCCAUCAAGCAAGAAGAAGAAGAUAAAGAUGAUGAUUGUGUUAUUAUCAAGGAUGAGCCUGAGGGUUGAGCAAAUCAGAGCUAGCAGUAGAAGCCCACACUGGCUUUUCCUGGUUUAGAAACGAAAGCGUGCAUGAUUGAAAUGUAUAUGUAUAAUACCGCACGACCUAGAUAUAUACUGCAGUGUAGAUGUAUUAUGUACGACAACGAAGCAAUGGACUGGCUCAGGCUCGGCGUGAGCUUUAUGGAUGUGCUUAUGUACAAUACAAAGCCCAAUUCGGCAGCACUGCCAGAGCACGUCAAUUUGCGCGUCGAAGGUCAAAUCGAAAGGAAACAGGGAUAAGAAAAAGGAAAACUCCAUUCUAUUCGUUUCCGGAUUUAUUUAUACCGUAGCUUUUGAUCAGCGUUUAAUCAAUUCUAAUCCAAG